CCUCCAGAUGACAUCAGUGCUCUAUUGAAGCAAAGCUAGAGACGCACACAACUCCACAUUUGUACUGUGAUCCACCCAUGCACCCAUGUCUUCACACAGCCUGCUGAUUGUGUGUGUGCGUGUGAGGGGUAUACCAGUCAGCACAGCAGUCCUGCUGCACACCAACUCCAAAAAGCUCCAUUCUACUGACUAAGAGGAGCUUCCUUUUUUUUUCUUUUUUUUCCUUUUUGUUUUAUUUUGUUAGAACUUUGUUGGAUUUGAAUUGAUUUCUUCAAAACCUGGAUUGGAUUACUGUUUCCCCACUAAGAGGAUACCUGUUACUUUCCAUUUUGGGGCUAAUUGGAGAGAACGCCAUUCCGGAUGUACAGAGGCUACAGUGAGACUCGAGCUGCUGAUGUAUGCGAAAAACUGGGCCCUAAAGGAUAAGCAACUUGCCCUGUUUUGCUUCCCGGAGGAUAGGAGAACAGUUGUUAUCUUCUUCAGGAAAAGGACCAGAUCUAAGGAUUAAUGUGCACUCUGGCUCAACAAGGGAGGAGAGGAUCCUGGGUUACCUGAAGACGCAGUCGACACAAGUGAAUAGGCCUGGAUUGAUCCGGUGGCAUAGGGGAUUGACAUGGCUCAGGCCAGCUUUGUGUCAACGCAUCAUCCCUGCUGAGCAUGAUGGCAGAAAGGAGCCUUUCCUAAAGCUUCCACCAUCUUACGUACGGAUCCAUAUAUGGCGCAAAAGAAAGAAAAACUCAUCUGAUGUUAUGGCUGUUGAACCUGAAAAUUGCAACAGCCUUUAGGAUUUUUAAUACUACCCAAGAUUGCAUGCUUUUUCCGUGAGUGUGGAUGCUUUCUGUGCAGGCUUAUCUGCCACAGUAAAGGUUUUGAAAAGCAUGAGCCUUUGACAACACGGUGGAGGUCGUCGUUCAAACAAGGAUCAGCUCAGCAAACACUGACCAGGUCAGGACAUCACAAGACACCCCCCUUUGGACAAACUUUUCCUUUCAGAGAGGAUAAAGGCAAAUUCAAGAGGAAAUCUUGAUUGGAUUUUGUUGGAUGAAAAGGAUUUACUGCCUCAUUUAAAUCAGGGCCUCUUGUGUGACUAGACUGCCAGACACCACAGCUUCAAGAUGGUAUAUCAAUGCAAGUCCUUCCUCCUCUUCCUCAUCAGGAUCGGGUUGUUGCUGGGUCUUGCCAACCCCUUGGUCACGUCAGCAUCGUGCCCCUCAGUCUGUCGCUGUGAUGGGACUUUCAUAUACUGUAAUGACAGAGGCCUGACUUCCAUCCCUCUCGGUAUACCCCGAGAUGCCACAGUGCUUUUUCUGCAAAACAACCGCAUUAAGAGCUCAGGCAUUCCUACUGAGCUCCGCAGACUUUCAAAAGUGGAGAAGAUCUACCUUUACUGCAACAAUUUAGAUGAGUUUCCUACCAAUCUUCCUCUUGGACUAAAAGAGCUUCAUCUUCAGGAGAACAACAUCAGGAUGAUUACCCACGCCUCUUUAGCCCAAAUUCCCUAUAUCGAGGAACUCCACCUGGAUGAUAAUUCUGUAUCAGCAGUCAGCAUAGAAGACGGAGCCUUUAGGGACAGUAAUCACCUCAGAUUGCUUUUCCUCUCCAGAAACCACCUAAGCACCAUUCCAUCAGGUCUACCCAUGAGCAUUGAGGAGUUGCGUUUUGAAGACAACCGCAUCUCCUCCAUCUCUGAGCAAUCUCUGCAAGAUCUCAUCAAUCUGAAACGACUAAUACUUGAUGGAAACUUGCUCAACAACCGUGGAAUUGGGGAGAUGGCUUUAAUCAACCUUAUCAACCUGACUGAGCUCUCACUGGUGAGAAAUUCCUUGACGGCGCCACCAGCCAACUUACCUGGCACCAGUUUGGAGAAGCUACAGCUACAAGAUAAUCACAUUAGCAGGAUCCCGCCUGGGGCUUUUGCCUUUCUUAGACAGCUGUAUCGCCUAGACCUGUCAGGUAAUAAGCUAACCAGCCUCCCACAUGGUGUGUUUGAAGAUCUGGACAAUCUCACCCAGCUCCUGCUACGUAGUAAUCCAUGGCAAUGUACUUGCAGGAUGAGAUGGGUGCGUGACUGGUUGAGGUCACUACCAUCAAAAGUGAAUGUACGUGGCUUGAUGUGUCAGGGUCCUGAUAAGGUCAAAGGCAUGGCCAUUAAAGAUUUAACUACAGAUAUGUUCAACUGCACAGACUCGGAACUCUUUUCCAUAUAUGAGACAAGCACAGUCUCCAACACUUUCAGCACAUCCAAGCCACAGAGGCCCUCGUUUGUCACCCGAAGGCCUGGAGCAAAAGGGCCCGACAUCAGUAAGAAUUACCGCAGCACCACCACAUCUUCAGGCAAAAAGAUCAUCACCAUCAGUGUAAUGUCAAGUAGUGAAGAUGCAAUACAUAUUUCAUGGAGGGUGUCGCAACCAAUGACGGCCCUGCGGCUUAGCUGGCUAAAGCAAGGACACAGCCCUGCCUUUGGAUCCAUCACCGAGACCAUAGUGCAAGGAGAACGGACCGAGUAUCUUCUCACUGCGCUGGAGCCCGAUUCCUCCUACAGAAUAUGCAUGGUUCCCAUGGAGACCAGCAACAUUUACCUGUCAGAUGAAACUCCUGUUUGCAUUGAGACACAGACUGGUCCUCACAGAUCAUACAACCCAACAACAAUUUUAAACAGAGAACAGGAGAAAGAGCCUUACAAAAAUUCCAGUCUGCCUUUGGCUGCUAUCAUCGGAGGGGCAGUAGCUCUUCUGGCAAUAAUCAUGUUGGCCCUAGUUUGCUGGUACAUCCACAGAAAUGGUUCACUUUUUUCCAGAAACUGCACCUACAAUAAAGGCCGUCGGAGAAAGGACGACUACGCUGAGGCUGGCACUAAAAAGGACAAUUCCAUCCUUGAAAUAAGAGAAACUACUUUUCAAAUGAUUCCUAUAAACCAUCUACCAGUGUCCAAAGAGGAAUUUGUGAUACACACAAUUUUCCCUCCAAAUGGAUUGAGUUUAUAUAAAACUCCACACAAUGAGAACAGCAUUAACAACAGGAGCUACAGAGACAGUGGAAUACCAGAUUCAGACCAUUCCCAUUCAUGAUAUUGCACAUGGACAUUUGUGACAAGUGCGUGACUGAAAAACAGAGUGGCAAGACUUUUACAAAACACUGGAUCUAUGGGACUGAGGAAGUAAUGUUCUGUUCAUUUGCCAUAUAAUUUAUAUUUAAGGACGUUUUAUGAAGAUGGAGAACGUUCCAGCUGCAGUCCAUCACUGAACCAUCAGUGAGUUACUAACUGCAAUUCUAUAUUUUAGGGUUUUGUAGUAUUUGUACUGUACUUCCUUUGCUUAAGGUUAUUGACCAACAAAGAAACUCUGUGUUCUAUUAAGAUAUAAUGACUUGUCAACUGUGAAAGUGGGUUUUCAUUGCUGUGUUGAACAAUCAGACUUUAGAAAACCUUGUAGUAUAAGCACAGGUCAUUCUUUUUACUUUGUGGCUGUUAGAAAAACAAAAGGCAAAAAAAUUACAAGACACUAAAACAAAAGGCACAGCUGAUCAAAUAUGUUACUAAGCAGGCAUGCUGCCUCCUAAAAGAUUGAACAGUCAGUAGCAAACCCCAAAUACUAUGGACCAAGACGUUUACGGUAGUGUUACCCUAAUGUGGGAUUUUGAAAAACUAAAGAUGAGGUGCCAUGAUUGUGGUUUGUUUUUUUACUAUUUCUGCUUUGUUUAAAGUGUUAGUUUGACUUGCAAACAGGCAGAGCGCAGCAAAGCAGGGUUCUGAUGUUCCUGAAAAGAUUGUAGGCCACAGCAAGAGGCAGAUGAAGCACACCAAUGUUAAGGGGCUUUCUGCUCCUGCAAACAAAUAGGGAGGUCAUGCUGACACAGAACCACGUUUGUUUGUACAACCCAACAAUGGCCAAAUGACAAUGACGGCAUUCUUUAGUAGGAUGUACCAUACAAUGUACCAUUUAUUUUAGAGCCUCCCACCAAGAUUAAACAGGUUCAUUAAAAUGAAGACAGUGUCAGUAAGACCCUCUUGUAUUAUUUUGUACCAUUUUCCAAAUGAACACAGUUUUAUGUUGCCACUGUUUAAAGUAAAAUUUCUUUACAAUUAAAAAAACCAAAGUGCAUUGUAUGCCCUUUGGCCAGUCUUGUACGUGCCUUGAUCUAAUGCUUAUUGUAUUUAGCUUUUUAAGAAAGCAGUGACUUCUUUUCAUACACACUUGAAUAUGAAAAAUAUUGGUCAUAUUACAAAAUAAAAGUGGAUUAAAAAAACAUA